UUCGCGGGACCCAUAUGGCGAGAAAUCACUGCUCUUUUUCCUGACACUUUUCGCCAUAAAUGAAUGCGCUUUCUCCCCGUCUUCUCUCGCUGGAUUAUAGGACACGUAACAAAAUGAGCUGAUAUGUUGCCUCCUGGAGAUAUUCUGCCUUGCUUCAACAAACCACGGGAUUUUGAUUUACUGUACAAAGUGCGGGUUGCGGUUGAAAUUGCAGCAGUCGCGGUGACUAUAAAGUCAUGAGAUCAUCUGCCUCCCGCUUAUCAAGUUUUUCGUCAAAAGAUUCCCUAUGGAACCGGAUGCCGGAUCAGAUCUCGGUGUCCGAGUUUCUCUCGGAGACUACGGAGGAUUACAACUCUCCCACGACAUCCAGCUUCACCACCCGGCUGCAGAGCUGCCGGAACACCGUCAAUGUUCUGGAAGAGGCUUUGGAUCAAGACCGAACCGCCCUCCAGAAGGUUAAGAAGUCUGUGAAGGCAAUCUACAAUUCUGGUCAAGAUCAUGUACAGAAUGAGGAGAACUAUGCGCAAGCGCUCGACAAGUUCGGCAGCAACUUCAUCAGCCGCGACAACCCCGACCUGGGCACAGCCUUCGUCAAAUUCUCCACCCUCACCAAGGAGCUGUCCGCGCUUCUCAAGAACCUGCUCCAGAGCCUGAGCCACAACGUCAUCUUCACCCUGGACUCUUUGCUGAAGGGGGACCUCAAAGGAGUGAAAGGGGAUUUAAAGAAGCCAUUUGACAAAGCAUGGAAGGAUUAUGAAGCAAAGUUCACGAAGAUCGAGAAGGAGAAACGGGAGCACGCCAAGCAGCACGGCAUGAUCCGCACGGAGAUCACCGGCGCCGAGAUCGCCGAGGAGAUGGAGAAGGAGCGCCGGCUCUUCCAGCUGCAGAUGUGCGAGUACCUGAUCAAAGUGAAUGAGAUCAAGACCAAGAAGGGGGUGGACCUCCUCCAGAACCUAAUCAAGUAUUACCAUGCACAGUGCAACUUCUUUCAGGACGGCCUGAAAACCGCAGACAAGCUGAAGCAGUAUAUUGAGAAACUGGCUGCUGAUCUCUACAAUAUAAAGCAGACACAGGAUGAAGAGAAGAAGCAGUUGACUGCCCUGCGGGACCUCAUCAAGUCCUCCCUGCAGCUGGACCAGAAGGAGUCGAGGAGAGACUCUCAGAGCAAGCAGGGCGGAUACAGCAUGCACCAGCUGCAGGGGAACAAGGAAUUUGGGAGCGAGAAGAAGGGCUACCUGCUGAAGAAGAGCGACGGGAUACGGAAGGUGUGGCAGCGGAGGAAGUGCUCGGUGAAGGGCGGCAUCCUCACCAUCUCGCACGCCACGUCCAACAGGCAGCCGGUGAGACUCAACCUGCUCACCUGCCAGGUGAAGCCAAGCGGAGAGGACAAGAAGUGCUUCGACCUCAUUUCCCAUAAUCGGACAUAUCACUUCCAGGCAGAAGAUGAACAGGAGUUUGUGAUCUGGAUCUCGGUGCUGACCAACAGCAAGGAGGAGGCUCUGAACAUGGCGUUCCGCGGGGAGCAGAGCGCGGGGGACGACAGCCUGGAGGACCUGACCAAGGCCAUCAUCGACGACGUGCUGCGCAUGCCCGGCAACGAGGUGUGCUGCGACUGCGGGGCAGCAGACCCGAAAUGGCUGUCAACCAACCUGGGCAUCCUGACUUGCAUCGAGUGCUCCGGGAUCCACAGGGAGAUGGGCGUGCACAUCUCACGGAUCCAGUCCAUGGAGCUGGACAAGUUAGGGACCUCCGAGCUCUUGCUGGCCAAGAAUGUAGGAAAUGCUAGUUUUAAUGAAAUCAUGGAAGGGAAUCUGCCUUGUCCUUCACCGAAGCCCACUCCAUCGAGCGACAUGACGGCACGGAAGGAGUUCAUCAACGCUAAGUACGUGGACCACAAGUUCGCCCGCAAGACCUGCACCUCGGCCGCUGCCAAGAUGAGUGAGCUCUGCGAAGCUGUGAAGACCCGGGACCUGCUCGCUCUCAUCCAGGUGUACGCCGAGGGGGUGGAGCUGAUGGAGCCGCUGCCCGAGACUGGCCAGGAGCCGGGAGAAACGGCACUCCACUUCUCUGUGAGGAUGGCGGACCAGACUUCCCUGCACCUGGUUGACUUCCUUGUUCAGAACAGUGGGAACCUGGACAAGCAGACAGAGAGAGGGAACACAGCGCUGCACUACUGCUGCCUCUACGAGAAGCACGAAUGCCUCAAACUGCUGCUGAGGGGCAAGCCGGCCACUGACAUCACCAAUCAGAACGGGGAGACUGCGUUGGACAUUGCCAGAAGGCUGAAAAACUCCCAGUGUGAAGAACCGCUGGUGGAGGCUGCUGCUGGGAAAUUCAACCCCCACGUGCAUGUGGAGUACGAGUGGAACCUGCGCCUGGAGGAGAUCGACGAGAGCGACGACGACCUCGACGACAAGCCCAGCCCCAUUAAGAAGGAGCGCUCCCCGCGGCCGCAGAGCUUCUGCCACUCCUCCAGCCUGUCCCUGCAGGACAAGCUGUCCCUGCCCAGCUACUCCGCCCACCGCGACAAGCAGCGGCUCUCCUACGGGGCCUUCACCAACCAGACCUACAGCGCCUCCACUGACUCCCCCACCUCCCCUGUCGACGUCCCCCCGCUGCCCCCCAGGAACGCCGUCAAAGUGCCGGUUCUGGCUUUUACUGGAUCACCGACGUCACACUACGCCUCUCUGGCUGGUACCCGACCAUGCAUCAGCACUCCCUCCUCCGGCCCUCCCACCUCCCUCCCUGUGGGUUCACAGACCCCCGGGGGAAGCUCCACCCUGUCCAAGAAGAGGCCUCCGCCCCCUCCCCCCGGACACAAACGCACCCUGUCCGACCCGCCCAGCCCUAUACCUCACGGCCCACAGAGUAAAGGUGGGAUCCCUUGGGGAAACGACUCCACUCCCCCUCCUGCAAACAGGACGUCACCGGCGAGCAAGUUCGAGGGAAUCCCGCAGCAGCCGAGCUCUACUCCUACUAACACAAAACCUACACUUGGUCCAAGGGUUCUUCCCAGACUACCUCAGAAAGUGGCACUACGGAAAAUUGACACCAUUCAUCUCCCCUCUGUGGACAAGCCUAGCCAGCCUCCCGAGCCCUUCCAGAAGCCUUCUCAGGCUGCUGAGACACCCCAGAAAGCCCCCCUGGCAGAGAAACCCCAAUUAAGUGAGCUGCCCCCCAAACCCCAGGUUUCAGACCUGCCCCCAAAGCCGCAGCUGUCUGACUUACCCCCCAAGCCGCAGGAUCUCCCCCCUAAACCGCAGCUCAAGGACCUCCCUCCAAAACCACAGCUCUCUGAUGUGCCCCCGAAGCCCCCUGUCACAGACCUUGCCCAGAAGCCACCCCCUGGGGAUGGCGCCCCCAAGCCGCAGCCUCCGCCCGACGAGCCAGCCUCCAGCCAGCAGGGGGAGCCGUCUCCCAAACAGUCUAGUGAAGACACUAAUGGCACCCCACCCAGCACCACGGAGACACCCGUCCCACUCCCGAGGAAGAUCAAUACGGGGAAGACUAAAGCGAGGCGGGUGAAGACCAUCUACGACUGCCAGGCCGACAACGACGACGAGCUCACCUUCACGGAGGGCGAGGUCAUCGUCGUCACGGGAGAGGAGGACCAAGAGUGGUGGAUCGGGCACAUUGAGGGUCAGCCGGAGAGGAAGGGGGUGUUUCCCAUGUCCUUCGUCCACAUUCUGUCCGACUGACACCGGAGUGGGCAGGUGUGAGGCCCCCCCCCGCCCACUCCCAGCCGCCGCCCCAUCCCCUCCCCCCACAGCACAAGCUCCGCCCCACACUGCGGCCUCACACGAGACUGAGGGAACCGCCUCUGUACAUAGCAGCCGCUGCAACCAGAAACAAAAAAAAAAAACGGAAACUAAGAAGAAACUCGCCUCCCCCCGGCUCACCUCACCGCAGGUGUGAAGUGCACAUGCGUUACUGUAAAUAGACCGCGUUAUCCUGCCUUUGACCAGUAUUCUCUUAGCCUUGGAAACCGGGCGGGCCUUACUUGGUUUGCUUUAGCCAUCCUCGGAAUCUAGCACUUAACUAUACAUCUCUUGUCAAUGCUGUUACUGUAUGUAUGUGUAUACAUAUAUUUAUGUAUGUAUAAACAUGUUAGUGUAUAUAUG